AUGAAUCGCACACAUGGAUACACAUGGUGGCUUCUAGACAACAUAGUGACAAGCAGCUUGCAACUGACUAGGAAGAACAUUAAACAGACCACCCUCAGUCAUACUUCGCCAGAGCCCUUUGGAGUCCUUGCAGUGCAGGUGCUAUGGCAGCUUGUGACUGCAUUUUCUUCCGUGUUGCCGUGGCAAUCUUCAGCCUUGGGUGAGUCCUGUUGGCAUGGCGAAUUCAACGAAGAGAGGUGCUGCGUGGAAGGUGACCCUGCUUGUUGGGAUGAUAUGUACACGCGGUCCAGAUGCUGCAGUGGCAACCAGACACGAAAGGUCCGUGGAGAUCCAUCCUGCUGGAUGGAUGGCUACUCUUUUGAGGAUUGUUGCCUCGGCACUGCUAAAGAAGGAUGUUGGGAUACGCACUUCGGGCCUGAGAGAUGUUGCGCCGACAAAGAGCUCGACAUCUUUGACCUGUUGAUGUCUGUGAACCCUUUAGAGCUUGACUUCUCCGAAGCGUUCGGGCGAGUUCUUGCAGCUGUCUCCCAAGACACCGAUUGCGUCGGCCCGCACCAGGAAUUUUGGGGUGAUGUGAAGAAGACCUCAGUGGCACUCAACUUAAGUCACGUGUAUGGGCAGGUAGGCCAACCACCGUCGCCUUUGACAAUGGAUCUCAUGACAAGGCGUGCGCUGCAGUGGCUCAACGAGCGCAAGCUUUGGGAGUCGGACUCUGCACAGUGCCCGGAGGGUGUGAUCGCAGCUAUCGACCUCACAGUUCCUGAUAUCGACCGUGAUGUUGAUGAAGAGAAGGCCCGCUCUCUUUUCCGUUUGAGAAUGGAGCUGGCGGCCAACAGGCCAUUUCAACAAGCUGGGGCACUGCCGUGGCGAACGCAAGAUGUCAUGAUUCAACAUGUGCCAAGGCUGUUUGGCUUGGAGGGGCACCACAGUUGCCAUGGGAGCAGCUUGAGGAUCUACAUGUACCAGCUUCAGAAGUAUUCCCACAUGCUCAAGCCGCUUCUAAAAUGUUCCCAGAAGAUGUCCCAAUGUUCUGCAUCGGUUCAUAUUCAUCGCUGGUUGCAAAGUGGCACCUGUCUGACUAAAAAUCCUGAAGAAGCGGACCUCUUCUACUUCCCUGCGUAUGAGGCAUGUUACAAUGAGACCGCCUGCCCAGGGUUUGAUACGGACACCGAGCGCUGUUACCCUCACGACUUCAAUCCCGAAGAACUCCCGUAUUUUCAAAGGAAAAUGGGGCAAGAUCAUGUUUUCGUCUUUGGCUGCAACCUCUUGCCAUUCAUGGACCCCAUCUCCAUCAGUGCUAGGAACUCCAUCAUGCUGACCGUGGAGUCUUUCCAGGCUGUGAAUGUAGCAGGGCCCAACAUGUUGGCAUGGCUUGUCUUUUCCAAAGAUGUUUUGAUUCCUGGCUACAUUCCUGCAUGGCGAACAUCAGCAAUGUUGGCUUUCAACCGUCCAGUCAUACAGAGAUCCAUUUUGGCGACAUUUCACGGUCAUUCCCGAAGUAGUGAGCAAGUGGGGCACAUGUACAAGCGCAGUUUGAUGGCGGAGGUUCGCGAUCGGAUCAUCUCCUACUUUGGUAACAACUCUUGCUGCAGUGCUGGCCCUCCUGUGCGAGACUAUUUCAGGCGGUCUGGCCUCAGCCGCUUUUGCCUCAUCCCGGCGGGGUUGACGGCUUGGACAAUUCAUCUCUAUGAAGCCUUCUUUUUCGGAUGCGUCCCCGUGAUUCUGUCGGACGAUCUUACAGUGCCCUUCCAGGAUGUGAUUGAUUGGCCCAGCGUUUCCUUGAAGGUGUCCACCAACAUAAGUAUGGAAGAUUUGCAUGCCAAGUUGAAGGGGGUGGGCAUCGGAAGGCUAAAGUGGAUGUAUCAGAGGAUGGUCGAGUUUCGCUGCUGGUUUGACUAUGGCAGAGGCUGGGGAAAGGAAGGAGACUCCAAGACUGAAUGCUCUCCGUAUAAUGGCAUGAUGCGAAGCUUUGCAAAGAGAGUACUGGGAACCUGCAGACUGACGACUUGGACCGUUUGGACCUCACAUUUUCGCUGUACCUACUCCCGGUUGCGCAUCCGAAAGGACUCGACACCCGAAGGAAGCGGCCUUUGGCAUAUCCGGGCACUGCAGCGAGGGCGCAGCUGA